AUAGUUAUAUGGUAACUGUAUAACAAGUCACGGCAUAAGGCGAAUACUUGUAAUUGAGACCACGGUUGAACAUGCAGUCAUCUAAGUCUAAUCAGAUUUUCCACGUUGUAUUCUUAAAAGAAUAUACCAAGCCGUAAAGCUUUACAUGCUGAAAUCCUGCAUAGACUGAAGCCAAAAUGUUGCCUUUACAGAUCAACCGAUCAUAGAUCCUUCCAGCAAAGAGUAGUUGCGUAACUAAUCAAGCUACCAAAGUAAUGGUAUAUUUUGCGACAGCUUGUUUGGAAAACUAUUGAUCAAUAACAUAAAAUGACCCAUCUGGAAAAAUGCAAACAUAUUGAAAUGUUUACCAAGGUUCGAUGGAAAGUAUAAAUGCAGAUGAUUUUUAACAAUAUUUCUGUAUUUUAGUUGUACGCCGCAUUUUCUCGGGAACAGUCUGCCUUUAAGAAUUGUAUUCGGUACUGAUUGACAGGGGCUCGUUGUGUUGCCGGCAACCAAUAGGUGCGCAGCCUCCGCGGGAGAUCCAUUGCCCCUCCCCAUUGGAGACCGAAAGACUUCCCAUUGAGCUUGCAGAGGACAGCUCCGACUGAAACGGCCUUUGUAAAUUUUGCACGAAGACGCAUCGCUCAGAAGGUUUUAUUACGAGAUACCCACGAAACAUUUUGGCCGAAUAAUAAAGAAUAAUCUGCCGCAGCAACAAUGGCGAAUUCGCAGAGCAGCAACGCCUUGAUGCGUCUGAUGCUGAUUUUUAUUUUCAUUGUUUGCCUAUCGAACCAGGGGUUGGGUCUAAUUCGGUAUUCUGUUCCGGAGGAACUGGACUAUGGUUCUUCUGUUGGGAAUAUUGCCGAAAAUUUAGGACUCAGCGUUGAAGAAUUAUCAGCUCGAAAAUGCCAUCUGGCAUCUGCUGACGGAAGACGGUAUUUGGAGAUAAAUAUACAGACCGGCGUUCUAUUUGUCAGGGACCGAAUAGACAGAGAGGAACUUUGUGAACAAAGCCCUUCCUGUACGCUUGCCUUCCAGUUAAUAUUAGAAAACCCUCUCGAAAUGUACCGGGGUGAGGUGGAGAUUGUCGAUAUAAAUGAUAAUUCGCCUUCUUUCCCAGAGAACGCUAUUCUCUUGCAAAUGGCCGAAUCUAUUGCACCGGGCUCUCGUUUCCCACUAGAGAGCGCACUAGAUCCAGACGUGGGGACAAAUACGGUCAAUGAGUAUAUUAUCAGUCCCAAUGAGCACUUUGGUUUGAAGGUGCAUGCCAGAAAGGAUACAGUCACAGCAGAGUUAUUGUUGGAGAAAUCUUUGGACCGCGAACAUCAAGCAUCUUUCCAGCUUCUAUUGACGGCCGUCGAUGGCGGGAACCCUCCGCGAUCCGGGACAACUCAAAUCAACAUCAGUGUAUUAGACAUCAAUGAUAAUGCACCGGUGUUUGAGAAGGAAAUAUACACGGCAAGAUUGGAAGAAAAUGUACCCGUGGGAACCUUGGUGAGCAAAAUCAAAGCUGUCGAUCUGGACCAAGGUACUAACGCCGAGUUAAAAUAUUCCUUCCUUAAUAUUGUCCCACGGAGGGUGCGUGAGUUAUUCAGUUUAGGUCCAGAAACUGGAGAGAUCAAAGUUCAAGGACAGCUGGAUUUUGAAGAGACCAAUAGCUAUGAACUUGACGUCCAAGUGGUAGAUAAUGGCUCGCCGGCAAUUACAGGACAUUCCAAAUUGCUGAUUGAAUUAAUUGAUGUAAAUGACAAUGCCCCGGAGAUAAAGGUCACCUCCCUGUCUGGGCAGGUCUCAGAGGAUGCUGCGCCCGGGACGGUGGUGGCUUUGAUGGACAUUACUGAUCGAGAUUCUGGAGAAAACGGACAAGUUCACUGUCACAUUACAAUGGGCGUUCCCUUUAAAAUUCAAUCCUCUCAGACCAACCAUUAUAAAGUCACCACCAGUCGUGCUUUAGAUCGGGAAAUCACCUCACUAUAUAACGUACAUAUCAUAGCCUGGGACUCUGGGUCUCCCCCCUUGUCAACAAAUAAAACUAUCCAGAUAUCGGUUUCUGAUGUGAAUGACAACGCGCCACAAUUUUCCCAAUCCUCUUACACAUUAUAUGUGAUGGAGAACAACGCUCCGGGUGCUUCUAUUUUCACACCGACUGCGUUUGAUCCAGAUUUGGACCAGAACUCCUACAUUUCCUAUUCCUUCAGAGGGAAUAUUCAGGAUUCUCUGGAGCCCACUUACCUCCGUAUCGACUCGAUGAAUGGCACCAUUUACGCACUGCGCUCCUUUGACUACGAGAAGCUCAAAACCUUCCAGAUUCAAGUUCAGGCCCGUGACGCCGGGGCGCCUCCAUUAAGUAGCAGCGCCUCGGUGAAUGUAAUCAUCCUGGAUCAAAACGACAACACUCCGGUAAUUGUUUCACCUUCAGAACAGAAUGGAUCACCAGCCGUGCAGAUCGUGCCCCAGUCAGCGGGCCAGGGGUACUUGGUCACCAAGAUAAUGGCAACCGACGCAGAUUCUGGUCAGAACGCACGACUCUCUUUCCGGAUACUUCAAGCAGCCGAACCCCCUCUAUUCAGCGUGGGGCGGAAUUCAGGCGAAAUCAGAACAACGAGAAGCAUUUUAGAUCAUGAUGAUACCUCUCAAACCCUGGUCAUUUUGGUGAGUGAUAAUGGACAACCGAGCCUGUCAAGUACAGCUACAAUCCGCAUGUCGAUUUUGGGCAACGUUAGUGAGAAAAUAUCAGAAGACAUGGAGUUGCAAAGUGAUUCUGGACAUACCUCCGAUAUAAAUCUUUAUUUAAUUGUCACCUUCGGAUCAACUUCGGUUUUGUUCCUUUUGACCAUCGUCUUCUUGGUUGUAUUGAAGUGUAAACACGAUAUGGGCAUCGUUCAAACUGACGGGUGCACAGUUUGUUGUUGCAAGCUAAGGAAUUCGAAGGAAGCCUUACCUCGGGGUUCUACGCAGCGAGAUCAUUUGAACUGUAGUACAGCGGAUCAAACUCUACCCUUCCGUGAGAGUUACCAUUACUCGGUUUGUUUGUCACCGGAAUCAUCCCAGAGCGAAUUUCUUUUCUUGAAACCCUACAGUGGAGCCGUGACUAAAGGCACUUCUCACGUGGAGCCUUUCAAGUUCACAGUGAUCACUUUUCCUGAUAUCUUCCUAUUUUGGAGAAUCUUCAGCAAAUAUUAUGUUACUUUUAGAAUGGCGAAUGUGCACGGCAAGAACGCCCUGCUGUCUUUCGCUGUAAUUGUCAGUGCAUUAGACAUGGUUUUCGGACAGAUUCGCUACACGGUUCCCGAAGAGCUGGAACGAGGAGCAGAGAUCGGUAACAUCGCUGAAGAUUUGGGUUUGAACGUUGGAGAAUUGCUGACUCGCAGAGGCCGGCUUGUCUCCGGCGAUAUUAAGCCAUACGCGGAGUUAAAUUUAGAGAAUGGGGGUUUGUUUGUCAACGAGAGGAUGGAUAGAGAGAAGCUUUGUGGACCAAUCCCUACCUGUAUUCUUUCGUUUCAAAUUGUGAUUGAGCAUUCGCCAGAAAUAUUCCACGGUGAAGUGGAGAUUGUCGAUAUAAACGAUAAUUCGCCCAGUUUCCCGGAAGGCGCCGUUCGCUUGCAGAUGGCUGAAUCCAUUGCAGCAGGCUCUCGCUUUCCGCUAGAGAGCACCCUCGAUCCGGACGUGGGGGUAAAUGCAGUCACCACUUACUUGAUCAGCCGUAAUGAACACUUUACCCUGAAAACGGAGACCACGGAAGAGGGCAUUACAAUUGCGGAGUUAUUAUUGGAGAAACCCUUGGAUCGUGAGAGACAGUCAUCUUUUCAGUUGGUGCUGACCGCCGUUGACGGAGGAAGCCCUCGGAGGUCCGGGACAGCUCGGGUUGUCAUUACUGUGUUGGACAGCAACGAUAACGCGCCGGUUUUCGAUCGGAAGCUGUACAAAGCCAGCCUGAUGGAAAACUCACCCAGUGACACCGCUGUGGUCACUGUGCACGCCUCGGAUGCAGAUGAAGGCCUGAACGCAGAGGUAACAUAUUCUUCCAGCAGCCUCGCUUCACUGAAAGUGCAAGAAUUGUUCAAUUUGGAUCAGUGGACAGGAGAGAUGAGAGUUAAAGGAACGCUCGACUUCGAAGGAGCAAGCAGCUACACUCUGGGCGUUGAAGCUGUGGACAAAGGUGCGCCAGCUAUUGCAGGGCACUGCAAAGUCCAGAUCAAAGUAACUGAUGUAAAUGAUAACGCGCCGGAAAUAGAAGUGAAUUUAGUGACACCCAAGGUUCCAGAGAAUGCCGUGAGCGGGACACUGAUCGCACUGAUCAAUGUCAUCGAUCGCGAUUCUGGACGGAAUGGAGACGUGAACUUUCAGAUUCCAGUGAAAAUUCCCUUUAAGUUGCAGACAUCUCCCGGUAAUCAUUAUAAACUAAUUACCAAUGACUCGUUAGACCGUGAAACUUGUGCAGUAUACAAUAUUCCUCUGUUAGCCUGGGAUUCGGGGUCUCCGCCGAGAUCAGGAAAUAAAACUAUCCAGGUGUGGGUUUCCGAUAUAAAUGAUAACGCCCCCAGGUUUGCCCAACCCUCCUACACCAUGUACGUGAUGGAGAACAACGCUCCUGGUGCUUCUAUUUUCGCAGUAACUGCUUCAGAUCCUGAUUUGGACCAGAACUCGUAUGUUUCUUAUGCUAUUAUAGAGAGCCUUGUCGAAGACUGGCCGGUGUCAAGCUAUUUCAACGUUAAUCCCAUAAAUGGUACUAUUUACGCGCUGCGCUCUUUUGACUACGAGAAUAUAAAACACUUCCAGAUCCGCGUACAAGCCCGUGACGCCGGGGUACCCCCGCUAAGCAGCAGCGCCACAAUGAAUGUGAUCAUCCUGGAUCAAAAUGACAACCUGCCGGUAAUUGUUUCAACUUCAGAACAGAGUGGAUCAACAACAGUGGAGAUCGUGCCUCAGUCAGCGGGCCAAGGGUACUUGGUCACCAAGAUAAUGGCAACUGAUGCAGAUUCUGGUCAGAAUGCGCGGCUCUCCUUCCAAAUGCAGAAAUUUACUGAUCCCAGUUUAUUCAAUGUUGGGCGAAACUCGGGUGAAAUUAGAACAACUCGGAAUAUUUUGGAGUCCGAUAAAGCCAGACAAACUCUCGUCAUCUUAGUUAAGGACAAUGGGCAACCCAGCCUUUCCAGCACGGUUACAAUGUUCCUUAACAUUAUGGAGAACAUUUCUGAAAGAACCACUGGAAGCAGUAAUUUUGUAACGCAUCCCGAAAAAAAUUCUGAUCUUAAUCUAUAUUUAAUCGUCAUUUUCGGUUGCACUUCCGUCCUGUUUCUUGUGACCAUCAUUCUGUUGAUUUGCAUCAAGUGUAACCAAGAGAGAAAUGUCACCCAUGAUUACAAUCCUCCCAGUUGUUGCUGCAGCCUGGAAGAUUCGAACGACAACUUACGUCCAAGAGCCCAAGUGAAGGAAUACUUCGAUGAUACCAGGGCAAGCGCGAUGGUCUGCAUGCCAGACACUCAACACUAUUCUGUUUGCUUGACUCCAGAAUCAGCGAAGAGUGAUUUCCUUUUUUUGAAGCCAUUCCCAACGCCGAUAUCUCAGCUCCAGUGUUAAUCUGUAAAGGCCCGGUGACAUCAAAUCUUGGAUUUCUGUUUUUAAAUCCAGGAAAUGGAAUCGGUGAAAAUUAAGUUCUAAAAACUGAUGGUAACAAAGCCCCAAAAUUCCAGAGACGUAAAAAUGAAUCCGACCCGAAACGCGGCCUCUCCAUGUUCUCCACUGAUGCUGCCUGACCCGCUGGGUUACUACGGUACUUUGGGUUUCGCUCAAGAUUCCAGCAUGGCAGUAAAACAAGUCCAUUUAUC